AUGAAAACCGACUGGGUCAAAUUCGGUAAUCUGAUUGAUACCAUACCACCUCCGGAAACGGAUGGACUACAUGGUACACAAGACUUGGACGACUCAGUAGAUUAUCUACCCAGGACUUUAAGGGAAGACUACUAUGCUUCAUGUAGGAUGCGGCAGGUACCUAGGAAAUUCCGGCAACCAUGGUGGAAUCCUAAACUAAUGCAGGUAAGGAAAGAAUGUAGGAAACUAUUUAAUAAAGCGAAGAGUGAUCAGAACCCGUUAAGCUGGGACGAUUAUCGUCAAAGCUUCAAUAUUUUCAAGAGGGAAACCAGAAGGGCUAAGAAGGAAUCUUGGAAGCGUUUCUGUGAGGAGCUGGAGAGUACCACGGAGGCAUCACGUCUACACAAGGUGCUAUCCAAAGACCCCGGUACGCCUGGAUUCCUGAUGAAACCGGAUGGUAACUUUGCUGAAAGUAGCACCGGAACUCUGGAACUGCUUAUGGAGACACACUUUCCGGGUUGCAGAGAUGAUGAAAAUCAAAGCUCCACCUUGGAGCACCUCGCAGCUUCUCGAAUCCACAUAAGUGAAUUAGUCAAUUCCAUUGUUAGUAUGGAGAAAAUUUCUGAUGAAGAUACGGUCGCACCCGCACUAGAACAUGGCGGCACAACCACAUGGGUGGUUUCUAGCUUUAUGGCCUACGAUCACGGGGAUUGUCCUCCCAAUAAAAAUGUCCGUAGAUUCGUUGAUAAGGCGAAUAUGCACAAUAUCCCUGUUAUCAUAUGUGCUGGCGCUAAUUCGCAUCACAGUAUUUGGUGUAGCAGCGGUACCAACACAAGAGAAAGUAUUAAGGACAUUGACGCAGCAAUUCACAACCUAACGGAUGCCUUCCGUAUGGCAACCACAACUGCUUGA